AUGUCCAAUUCCCCUCCAAAGGAAACGGACGUUGAACAAGGAGUCUCGCCAGAUGACACGGAUGCACAAAUGAAUGAACAUACGGAUCCACACGCUCCUGGAGGCUACGAGUUUGAAGUCAAAGAACAAGAUAGAUGGCUCCCUAUAGCAAAUGUUGCACGUAUCAUGAAGACAGCUCUACCAGAAAAUGCAAAGAUUGCAAAAGAGGCCAAAGAGUGCAUGCAAGAAUGUGUCAGCGAAUUCAUCUCUUUCAUCACAAGCGAAGCUUCUGAGAAAUGUCAUCAAGAGAAGCGCAAGACUGUCAAUGGAGAAGACAUUCUUUUCGCCAUGACCUCCUUAGGAUUCGAAAAUUAUGCCGAAGCACUCAAAAUUUACCUAUCAAAAUAUCGAGAACAACAAUCGACUCGAGGAGACAACCAAAAUAGACCAGGUAGCUCUGGUUUCGGACCACCUUCUGGAGCUACUACUGCAAAUGCAGCUUCGGCAACGUUCCCGGUCGGAGCAGAGGGUGCUAAUAAUGUCCUCGCUGGUCAACAGGUAGAAGCAGAGCACGAUGGCGGUGCUUAUGUUUAUGGUGGUGGUCAUAAUGGUGCUACUGGCGGAGAAGGUUACUAG